ACGCGGACUACUUCAACAACGCAUGGCAGCGUUUUAUGCUAACGUUAUUCUCACAGAAGAAAAAUAACAAUUUCUCUCAGGUUUCUUCGUGUUGUUCUGCAACCAAAUGAAAGUCAAAGUUCUUUCAAGAAAUCCGGAUGAUUAUGUCCGGGAGACUAAAUACGACAUUCAGCGGGUUCCCAGAAACUACGACCCCUCCCUCCAUCCUUUCGAGGUGAGCAGAGAGUACACACGAGCUCUGAAUGCUACAAAGUUGGAGCGGGUGUUUGCCAAGCCUUUCCUGGCCUCCCUGGACGGCCAUAGAGAUGGGGUGAACUGCAUGGCCAAGCACACCAAGAACCUCUCCACCCUGCUGUCAGGCUCCUGUGAUGGAGAGGUGAAAGUGUGGAACCUCACCAAGCACGAAUGUGUCCGCACUCUGCAAGCACAUGAAGGUUUUGUGAGGGGAAUCAUCGUCAGAUACUGUGGGACCUCCUUUUUUACGGUGGGCGAUGACAAAACGAUUAAGCAGUGGAAAAUGGAAGCACCGGGUUAUGGAGAGGAAGAAGAGCCACUUAUCACUAUCCUGGGCAAAACUGUGUUUACAGGACUGGACCAUCACCAGAAGAAGGGUGUGUUUGCAACCUGUGGCCAGCAGGUGGACAUCUGGGACGAGCAGAGGAGCAGUCCCAUCCGCUCCUUUACCUGGGGUGUAGACAGCUUCAGUUCUGUCCGCUUCAACCCUGUGGAGACAGAUAUUCUUGGGAGCUGCGCCUCAGACAGAAGUAUAGUUUUGUAUGACAUGAGGGAAUCAACACCGCUUAAAAAGGUUAUCAUGAGAAUGAGGACCAACACAUUGUGCUGGAACCCCAUGGAAGCUUAUCACUUUACUUGUGCAAAUGAAGACUACAACCUGUACACAUAUGACAUGAGGAACCUUGAAAAGCCCACAAAGAUACAUAUGGACCACGUCUCUGCAGUACUGGAUGUUGAUUACUCUCCCACCGGACAGGAGUUUGUGUCGGCCAGUUUUGACAAAACCAUUCGCAUCUUCCCCAAGAAUCAAGGACGCAGCAGAGAAGUGUACCACACCAAACGCAUGCAACACGUCAUCUGCGUAAAAUGGUCCGCAGACAACAAGUACAUCCUGAGCGGCUCUGAUGAAAUGAACAUCCGGCUGUGGAAGGCCAACGCAGCGGAGAAACUAGGAGUGUUGUCCCCCAGAGAGAAGGCGGCCACCAACUACAGUCAGAAGCUGAAGGAGAAGUUCCGGCAUCACCCACAAAUCAGGCGCAUUUCUCAUCACCGACAUCUACCCAAGAGCAUUUUCAACGAGAGGAACGAGCUGAGGGUCAUGAGGGAGGCUCGCCGGCGAAAGGAGAUGAAUGUCCGUAAACACAGCAAGCCAGGAGCAGUCCCUGUGGUGUCUGAGAGGGAGAAAAACGUUGUAGCUGUGGUGAAAUAAAGCAGAAGUUAAUCCAAGACAUGGAGAUAAUGAUCACAACUGCGUCAAGAAAUGUUCUUACUUUGUCCUGAGGACUCAAAAGAAGAGGCUUUGUCCAGCAUUGUUUGAAAUACAGCUGCACAUUCACAGUAAAUAGAGACAGAAAACCAUAUUGGCCUGAUGUUGCUUAGAUUAAAGACAAGCUACUUUUUCACAUCCUGUUUUGAAUUUGGUGUUCUUCAGGGUUCUUGCUCACUGAAGUACAUCAUUUCCCUGCUUGUCUUUAUUUUCUGUCCACAGGUAUGAACACUUGUAGCCACUUGUUUUAUGGUGGCAGCUCCAGAAAUGUAUUGUUAGUACCUUGUUUAAUAAAAAGAUGCAAUUAAAAUCUUAACUA